GUGGCGCACUCAUCCUCCAGCGCGAGCCAGAAUAAGUGAGCCAGUCUGCGCGAGCGCUUCCUACAAGGUGUUUAACCUGGUGUCUCUGCAAUGUCUGGCAAAGUUACGAUGACCGACGAGUACAUCAACGAAGAUGGACCCAAAAAGGUGUCCAUGGCGACUCACAUCAAUAGGAGCGAAAUCAAAGAGGCCUACGAAGACGUGAGAUCCGACUCGACGCCGACCGACUGGGCCGUGUUCAAAUUCGAAGGCAGUAGCAUCAAGUGCACCGUGAAAGGCGAAGGCUUCGACGAUUUCCGCGCCCAGUUCACAGACGAUGAACGGGCCUUCGCUUAUCUCAGGCUGCAGAUGGGAGACGAGAUGAGCAAAAGAAAGAAGUUCCUUUUCAUCACUUGGAUCGGCCCCGCCGUUGGAGUGAUGAAGAGAGCGAAAAUGAGCACCGAUAAGGCAAAAAUGAAGGAAAUUCUUGCGAAUUUUGCUGUCGAGCUGCAACUGGAGAGCUCUGCCGAAUUUGAGAUUGACUUCUUUAUGGAACAGCUGAUCAAAGCUGGAGGUGCCAACUACGGAACAGGAGUGCGAGAUCUCUAACCAAGUUGAAAUGUUUAUAUUAAAAGUAUACUAACACUGUAUUUUAUACGGGAGUCAAUUAAAAAGUAUUUAUCUGUGUGCAA